UAGGAGGCUUUUAGCCGUCCGUCGGGAGAUCAUGGCGCUCGGAGAUGCCUGGAAGCAGCUGUCCUGGAUCUACUACCAGUAUCUGCUCGUUACGGCUCUUUACAUGCUGGAGCCUUGGGAGAGAACCGUGUUCAAUUCUCUCCUGAUUUCGGUGGCAGGAAUGGCUGUGUACACAGGCUACGUCUUUAUGCCCCAGCACAUAAUGGCCAUCUUGCACUACUUUGAAGUGAUCCAGGGAUGAAGCAGUAGUGGCGACGUCCCAUUGGCUGUCCACUGGAGCACGGUGAAGGAUGGAAAGACGACUUUUAUUUUGGAGAUUCUUCAGGACGGUUCUGUGCUUACCAAUGUUUAAAUAACAGAUAUGAUGGAUAAUCAGUGGAGAAUGUAUAAGACAGUUUGUAUUUAUUAAGGACACCAUUCCUCUGUGUUUUUUUGAAACCUGAACUUGUGACCGCACAAACUUCUUUUUUUUUUGGUUCCCUUGACACUGUAAGUACAGAUGUCAGUGUUAGACUUGCCUUAUAUUUUUGAAAUUGGUGGCUCUGUUUUGCCAGCUCCCGAAAUGUUUUGUCAUGUAUAUAAAUGUAUACAUAUCUCUGUAAAGUUUUGUAGAAACUGCCUUAGAGAAGUGGUUUUUGCUACAGAUCAGUUUGAGGAUCCAUUUUUGGCAACAUUUCUCUAUUUUCACCAACAUUAAGACCUUAAACUUUUAACAUUUUUAUGUGUUUUAAUGUGAUAUUUACUGUUUUUCAUACAAGUCUCUCAGGUGUUUCUGCUUAUGUAACUAGUAUGUCAAAACAUGCUUUAAUAAAUGAUUGGAUUUUUGUGUUUGUGACAGCUAA